AUGUCCGCCGGCAGCUUGGUCAGCACUGGUGUCUUUGGCACUGAUGUUGAUGAUGAGGUCUCACAGAUUUGGAAACAAGUCGAGAUUCGCGUUUUGCAGAUGGCAGGUGGAGAUUGUUCCAAGAUCAAACCGGACCUGGACAUAAACAGCGUCCUGCAACAUUUGGAUCAAUCCCAGUCCAAGGACAAGAAGGCGUCUGAGAAUUAUGGUCCUGUUAAGAAAUUUUUCAACCGAAUGCUUCAAUGCAUCCAGACCAUCGGGGGCAUCGUCGCAGAUGGGGCAUCAUUUGUAUUUGCUCUAGCUGGUACCAGCUACAAUGCUCUCGCCUUCGUGAUCCGGGCAUGGUAG